AAAUGUGACUGACCCGCCCUGUCAUACUACCUUCUUCUAGAUAAAAUGUAAAGACUGCCAAAUGCAGCAAGUCUCCAUUCUGGAAGGAUCGCAGUUUACUGUUUGCCAUCAGAGAGUUAAACAUUAGCUGAGAACCAGCCAUGGACCCAAACUAUGCAAUGGCAAAGUUUGGAUUGGAGUCCAAGGAUAUCUUCAAAUCUAAGAACAGAGGUUGCUGGUAUUAUACCAAAUAUUUCUUCUUUUUUUUAUCUAUAAUCCAGUUCCUGAUUAUCCUUGGUCUGGUUCUGUUCAUGCUGUAUGGAAAUGCCCAUGUUGGCACAGAACAAAGGCUUAUGAGUGUAGAGAAUCGCUACAAAAACUUGACAACCGAUUACAGCUUGUUGAUGAACAAUUUUUCUCAGAUGAAAGGUAAAGUUGCCAGCCUAGAGAAGGAAAAUAACAACUGCUCAAACCUAUUAACUACAGCACUGAAACAACUGCACAACAAAACAAUUGGGAGACCUGUACUACCCAUGCCUCCAUCUCCAGCGAUCUGUAAUGUCUACCAAUUUGCUCUAGACCGAUGUAACACAACUUACAUAAUUGAAACACUUCAAUUAAAGCAUACAAUCUUGAUGCUUCAGAGGGAUCUUGACCGGUUAAAAGAGAACUGCGGCCAGACAAUUGGCACUCUUACCAACAAAGUCUCUGUACUCACUUCUGAGAAGGAAAAGCUCCAGAACAUGAAGGAGGACCUGGAAACUCAUGCUAAACUAUCAAAUGCUGUGUGUACUAAUAUCAAUCAGAGGUUUGACAUGGAGCUAGAGCGUAUGAAAAAUCGCUUUGAAGGUAUGAUCAGCAGCCAUGAACCCUUCCAUGUUUCUAAAUGCUGGACCAUAAAUGGAGAAAUUAAAAACAAUAUAGACCAAACAAUAAACAGGCUGAAGCAAGAUGUGAACAAUGUCAUGUUUGAGAACAGCCAGCUGAAGACAGACAAUGCACGCGUGAGCGAUAAUUUUCAGAAAUGCAGCCAAGAAAAGAUGGUUAUCACUUCAGAGAAAAAUAAUCUGUCCAUAGAAAAGGGAGGACUGGAAAAGCAGUUGACUGAAAAAAAGGAAGAACUUUCCACGACUUACUCAAAGUAUAUGAAAAAGGAAGAAGAACUAGAAAAUUGCCGUAAGGUGCAGAUUGGGGGACGCGUGACUGGUGGGCUAUUUCCACGGUCUUAAAAAUAGAAGUUUAAAAGAUGCAAAGAAAGAAAUGAUGUUAAUUCAAAUGAAGAUGCUUGUGACCCACACUAGCAGUUUUUGUAAUUGCAGAAGAUGAAUGCUAAUAUUACUAUAUUUACCAGUAAAUAUGCAGCCACAUUGAUCAUGCAGAAUAAAACUCUGAAAAAAGUUACACACUGGAAACUAAAACUGU